AACUUCCGGUCUGCUCCAGGGUGAUGGCGGACAGAGAAUGCUGCGUGAAGAACUGCAGGAGCACCUAUCACGAUGCCCAUGGCAGGAAGCUCCAGAACGGACUGACCUUCCACUGUUUCCCCGCCUGGAGGACGAGGGAAGGCGGCUCCGUGUCGGAGCUGACGAGGCGGAGGAGGGCCGCCUGGGUGGCUGCUGUCGCCCGCAGCGACAUCACGUUCGCCCACAUCCCGUCCUCCAUGAGGGUCUGCUCCCGCCAUUUCCACACCGGAAGACCAGCUUUCGAGAUGCUGGACUCGGAUCCGGACUGGGUUCCGUCUCUACACCUGGGUCAGCACGCUGAAGCCAACAGGAAGAGGAGAGGAGCAGAACACGGUCCAGAUUCUGGUUCCAGACCCGGGAGACCAGCUCCGCCUCCUUGGAGAGAAGUAAGAUCUGCUCUGCUGAGUCUGCUUCAGGAAAAACCCAUCAUGACUCAGCAGAACCGAGGAGAACCACAGGAGCGACCCGCUGACACCAGCCUCAGAGACUUUUUCAGGACCGCUCUGGAGUCGUCUUUGGAGGCCUCCAUCCAGGCCCGGGCCCAGGCCCGGUCCAACAGCGAGUACGAAGUGGAGCUGAACUUCGAGCUCCCGCCGACCCGGAAAGAGUCCGGGUCCUGUCAGAACUGUUCCCUGCUGCUGAGGAGGAUCCAGGACCUGGAGCAGCACUUGUUCCGGGUCGCCAGCAAACAGGACCGAGAAGCUGUGGAGGCUCGUAUCCAUCCGGGCCAGGACCAGAACCAGCAGAGUUCUGAAGAGGAGCAGACAUCGACGGAUCACCUGUCGCCCGGCGAGGUUCGGGUCGACGACGACUACGAGGUUCUGGACCUCGAGCUGGCCCCCCUCAGCCCGGACUCGUCCGACAAGACCUCGACGUCGACCCGGUCCCGCCCGACCCAGUUCCAGCCCAGCUGGUUGAAGACAUUCCCAUUCCUGCGGUACUCCCCGACCCAGAACCUCAUGUGGUGCCACGUGUGUCGGGUCCACGCCGAGGGCAUCCACCGGAACCACAGUCUGAUCAAAGGGUCCAACCGGUUCCUGAAGUUCAGCCUGACGACCCACAGCAGCCGGCAGUACCACCUGAGGAACCUGCAGCAGUACCAGGCCCGGUCCGGGUCUGCUGUCUGAGCCGGCCUCAGUUCUGGGCCCGGUUCUGAUCCAAGCUGCCUCGGGUUUUCCAGAACCGAACUUUAGGUUUUAUUUUGGAGCGAUCUGUUUCUGGUACAAGUUCUGGCCCGGACCAGUUUCAUUAGAUCCAGGAACCCAGCAGAACCUCUGGGUUGGUUCUUGUAAACAUUUGUUUUUGUUUUGGGUCAAACAGGUUCUGUUUGUUCAGGUCAACAAAUAAAGAACUCAUGAUGGA